AUGGGCAAAGCAGCAAAGAAGAAGUACUCGGGUGCUCCAGCUUCAUCGAAGCAAGUUGAUGCCGAGAAACAUUUGAGCUCGGUGUUUAAGUUUAACACCGAUUUGGGCCAACAUAUCCUGAAAAAUCCAUUGAUUGCACAAGGUAUUGUUGACAAGGCUCAAAUAAGACCCUCAGAUACGGUUUUGGAAGUUGGUCCCGGUACUGGUAACUUGACCGUACGAAUUCUCGAGCAAGCGAAAAAUGUUGUCGCUGUGGAGAUGGACCCGAGAAUGGCAGCAGAGUUGACCAAGAGAGUUCGAGGAACAGCUGCUGAGAAGAAGUUGGAGAUUCUUCUCGGUGAUUUCAUGAAGACGGAACUGCCCUACUUUGAUAUUUGCAUAAGUAACACGCCGUAUCAAAUUUCAUCGCCGUUGGUCUUCAAGCUCAUCAAUCAACCAAGACCGCCACGGGUGUCGAUCCUAAUGUUCCAAAGAGAAUUUGCCUUGCGGUUGAUUGCCAGGCCCGGAGACUCACUUUACUGUAGACUAUCGGCCAACGUCCAGAUGUGGGCUAACGUUACUCACAUAAUGAAGGUGGGCAAGAACAAUUUCAGGCCUCCGCCACAGGUGGAAUCUAGUGUUGUGAGACUAGAGAUCAAAAAUCCCAGACCACAAGUUGAUUACAACGAAUGGGAUGGUCUGCUGAGGAUCGUUUUUGUCAGAAAGAACCGUACCAUCUCAGCUGGGUUCAAGUCAUCCACCAUUCUGGAAAUUUUAGAGAAAAAUUACAAGACCUAUCUAGCAAUGAACAAUGAGAUGGUCGAUGACUCCAAGGGCUCGAUGUUAGAAGUGGUCAAGCAAAAGAUCGAGACUGUGUUGAGGGAAACAGGACUUGGAGAAAAGAGAGCCGGUAAAUGCGAUCAGAACGACUUCUUGAAAUUGCUCUAUGCCUUCCACCAAGCCGGUAUCCAUUUUUCAUGA